GAUAUCAUCUACCAGGGAUUUCCAUCGAUCGCCAUCAUUAUGGAAACAACAGUAGUUUUAGACUUCUACUUAUACCGAUUAAUUUUUAAACCUAUAAAUUCAAACUCAAGCCGAUUCCUCUACCGAAAUUGUAAACCGCCAACAUUCCGGUGUAGUGACAAUGGGUAAGACAAAAAGUACAACUAGAAACCAAAAUUAUGAUGUGCCAUGGUCAGAUCUUAACCAUGAUGUGCUUUAUUUAGUUAUGAUGAAACUUGGAGUUGUCAAUUUUGUUGCAUUCAGUGGAGUUUGCAAGUCAUGGAGAUCUUUCGCACUCUCUAACUGGAAGAAGUUUAUGGCAUCCAGACCACCUCUGUUCAUGUCUAUAUCUCCUUCUCCUCCACCCAUGUCCAUGUGUAUAUCUCUUCCUCGUGCUUAUAACAAAACCUGCCACCUCAUACAAGACUUUGAUGGAAAAAAGUUCAAAACCAUCAUUCCUCAUUCUGCAGGCAGAAAGUGUGUUGGAUUAACUUGUGGUUAUUUAAUCUUGUUUGGGAGGAAAACCAAAGACUUCUGGCUUGUGAAUCCCAUCACAAGGCAUGAACUUCAUUUCCCUUAUUUCCCCUUUGAUUUCGAUGAUUUUCGAAAUUCAAAAGUCAGGGUUAUCUUGGUCUUUUCACCUUUAGUAUCCGGGUGGUUGCUGGUUAUUUCAGAGUGUUAUGCCCGUAAAAUAUGGUUUUCAAUAGCAGGCAAAGGAGAAUGGAAUCAUGUCUCCUUCUCCUCCACAUUCUACAUCAUUGAUUCCCAUGUUUUUAAGGGGAAGAUAUAUACCCUAAUCAGCAGUGCAAAGCCAGGAGAUGUAUAUCAGUUAUUUGAAAUGAAACUCCAUCCACAUCCCAAAUUGACUUUGCUCAAAACAAAGAAUUUUCUGAAGCGAACAUAUCAUCCGAUGUUAGGAAGUUGGGGUGAAAACCUUUAUCUGAUGCACUACUUUUCCCCAGAUUUGUACUAUUUUCACGAACUAGAUUUUGGUAAAAUGAAAUGGGUGUGUCUUGAAAAAACAAGAGAAGAAUAUGCAUUCUUUUGUAACGUGGAGCGUGUUGUUGCUAUAAAACCAGAGUCAUGGGCUCACACUAAGAACAGUUGGAAACACAAGUUCAAUUAUGCAAAGAUGUGGUACUUCCCCCAUGAUUGUUUGAAUGUUAAUCUCAUAGAUUAGUGAUAGACUUGUUAGCACUCCCGUUUUUGUUUUUAUCUUUGUAUAUGUUGGGACAAUUUUUUUUCAAGAAAUUGAGAAGCACCAUUGUUUGAUUUGGAUAUUUACAUUUAUUGUUUAAAACAUUCUGUUGUCACUUACCCUUUGCUUCAAGUGGCAACAACUAACAAUUAUAUCUCCCUUUUAUGUGAUGAA